UAUUCAUUCAAAAAUUCUAAAAGUAGAUAGAUAUAGCCACGAAACAGAGUGGUUGACUGACAAUAACGAAGAAAGAAUCCAGAACCGAAAUCUAUAACACAAAGACAUUUUAAAGCAAAACACUCACGAAAUAAAAGAAAGCAACACACUCACGAAAGAAGAAACAGAGAGGAUGAAGCAUUAUGUGCUUGUUCACGGAGGCUGCCACGGCGCGUGGUGCUGGUACAAGGUGAAGCCGAUUCUGGAACAUUCCGGUCACCGUGUCACGGUUCUUGAUCUGACGGCGUCUGGUGUGAACGUGAGCAGAGUAGAAGAUAUUCAGACUUUGGAGGAUUACGCUAAACCGUUGCUUGAGGUUCUUGAAUCGUUUGGCUCGGAUGAUAAAGUAAUCCUCGUCGCGCAUAGCCUUGGAGGAAUACCAGCUGCUCUUGCAGCCGACAUGUUUCCUAGUAAAAUCUCUGUUGCUGUCUUCGUUACUUCUUUUAUGCCCGACACAACGAAUCCACCUUCUUACGUAUUCGAAAAGCUUAUCGGGAGCAUUACAGAAGAAGAACGUAUGGAUCUCGAGUUGGGGAGCUAUGGAACAAGUGAACAUCCUCUAAUGACUGCUUUUCUUGGACCUAACUACUUAAAGAAUAUGUAUCUACUUUCUCCUAUCGAAGAUUAUGAAUUGGCCAAAAUGUUGAUGAGAGUUGCACCGGCUAUUACUAGUAACCUUACGGGGACUAAAAGCUUAACGGAACAAGGAUAUGGAUCGAUUAGUCGUGUGUAUAUUGUAUGCGGAGAAGAUAAAGGUAUAAGUGUAGAUUUCCAACGAUGGAUGAUCGAGAACUCUCCGGUUAAAGAAGUGAUGGAGAUCAAUGAUGCAGAUCAUAUGCCUAUGUUUUCCAAGCCUCAUGAACUCUGUGAUCGUCUUCUAAAGAUUGCUGAUAAAUAUGCGUAAGCAAGACUAUGUAUUAAUACCCUAUACCAAUAAUUUUCAUUGGAAUAAGAUUUUUGAAAACAAAAAUAAAAUAAAAAUUCAAAACAA